AUGUCUCUGUCCAUCCCCCUGGCCCUCCUAGCCACAAGCACAGCCAGCGCUACCAACCACACAGCCAUGACCCGCGCCGUAACCGCGCUGAACACCCUACAAACCUACUACAACCCCACAACCGGAAUCUGGAACACCUGCGGCUGGUGGAACGGCGCCAACUGCCUGACCACCCUCGCCAAUCUAGCCACCAAAAACAGCACCGUCGACGAGACGAUCGCCACCGGGGUGAUCGAGAACACCUUCCGGGUAGCUACAAACACGAACCCGUACCCGGCGCGCGGCAUCGACGCCGACUACACGGCGGCCAACGGGACGGCGUACACGAUCCCGGGCCAGCCGACGGGGGCGGCCAACGCGUCGCUGUGGCUGGACGGGAGCUACGACGACGACAUGUGGUGGGGGAUGGCGUGGGUGGCUGCUUACGAUGUGACCGGUGUCACGGACUAUCUGGAUCUGGCGGAGGGGGUGUUCUACCAUCUCAGCCGCGCAUGGCCCUCGCUCUGCGGCAACGGCGGCCUCGACUCGGACUACACGCACGUGUACGUGGGGGCGAUUAGCAACGAGCUCUUCCUGGCGCUGGGGGCGUCGCUCGCCAACCGGGUGGCCACCAACAGCAGCCGGAAGUACUACCGGGACUGGGCGGAGCGGCAGUGGGCGUGGUUCGAGAGCAGCGGGCUGAUCAACGCGAACCACACGAUCAACGACGGGCUGACGGGAGCCUGCACCAACAACGGAAUGACCGUGUGGUCAUACAACCAGGGGGUGAUCCUGGGGGGACUGGUCGAGCUGCACCGCGCGACGGGCAGCCACGCCUCCAACUCGACCUACCUGCAGGCAGCGGGCAAGAUCGCGCAGGGCGCCAUCGCGGCCCUCGCCGACGAGGACGAUGUCAUCCACGAGUCCUGCGAGCCGGAUGCCUGUGAUUCGAACGAGACGCAGUUCAAGGGGAUCUUUAUCCGCAACCUCAAGGUGCUGCAGGGCGUCGCGCCGAAUGAGACCUACGCAAGGGUCAUCAAUGCGUCCGCAGCGAGUCUGUGGGCGAAUGAUCGUACGGACGCCACGGGGUUCGGGGUCGAUUGGUCGGGUCCUGUUGAUGCGGCGACGGUGAAUGCCUCGACGCAGAGUUCGGCGCUGGAUGCGCUGGUCGCGGCGAUUUGGUAG